AUGAAGCCUGCCUUUUGGCAGUUGAUCUCAUUUUUCUUUUUAUUUGUCAUUUUAUCGAUUGAAGCGAAGAAGACCCAGCCACGACAAGCUGGAUAUGAGGCGACAGGUGAAGCCUCCCCAGCUCCAGCUCCAGCUCCAGCUCCAGCUCCAGCUCCGAUUCCAGUGGCCCCAAGUGAGGGUGGAGAAGGGCAAGGAGACAAAGAUCCCUUCGGAUUCCAGGAACAGAAUUUUCCGCAAGAACAAAAUUUUCCAGGCUAUCAACAACUUCAAAAGCUCUACCAGCGAGCAAUGGCUCCAUUUUUGAUGCAAAUGCUCGGCCAGGGACAGAGCCCAUUUUUCUAUGGAAAUCCUCAAGUGAAAAAUAUUCAACCAAGCGCUUUUGCCAAGGUUGACGCAAGAAAUGGCCCAGUUGUGCUCAAUCCGACUCCAUCAGAUCCAUCAGAUCCGAUCAUUGUCUACGGACCACAACCACAAGUGCCUCUUGUCCCUCUCUAUCCACCCCCACCACCGGCUGUCGUUCUUGAAGAGGAGCAAUGCGAAUUUGACGAAUUCCAAAACCGUUGUUGCAAUCGCUUGCUGAAAGCGACGAUGAAAGCGGCUUUGGCUCCUCUUCCAAUUGACACCUGUGAUAUUGGAUUAAUGGCAAAAUUAGUUCAAGAAAAAGCCGAAAAAGUUUUUGGAAUGGAUUUCGAGGCGAUCGCUGGAUACAAAGAUUUCGCUUCAAAAUCACAUAACGUUGGCAAUAUGACGUGUAAAAUUGAUCGACAUGGAAAGAGAGUGAUGGCAUAUGCGAGUCCGAAUGAGGAAAAUGGAGAUCCACAAAAACGAAUGACUCGUCUUGCUCGAGAAGCAGAUGAAAGAAUAGCUCGAGAUAAGAGAACGGCAAAGAUGAAGAAAGAAUUGGAAGAGAAAAGGAAACAAGAAGAGGAAAAGAAAGCAAAGAAAGCUCGUCGAAAAUUGAGACGAACGCGGAAGGGAAAGGCGCGGAGAAGUCAGAGACACCCCACCUCAACUCAAUUCAAAUUCCAAGAAAUCCAACGAAGCAAAGUUCUAUCGGCUAAUAUUCUUUCUACAAAUCUACCGGCUUUAAAAAUCCCCGAAAAUCCGGAUGUUCACAAGGAGAUUGUUCCUACGAUCUCCACUAUUUCCACAAGCUACCCGAAAAAAACUUUCUCAGAGUAUGAGGAUAUUACAGAAGCAACAAUCAAGCACGUGCCGGUGAGAACACCCACUGUCACAAGCAACACAACGAUUGCCAAGGUAAAUCCAUCACCGCCGCUCUCACUCAACACCACGGAGACUAAAAUGGAGAAAGAAGUGGUUAUGAAAGCAAAAUCCAACAGAAUCGACGGAGUCGCCGGCAUUGCACAGCCAAAAGCACAAAGC